GUUAACCAUUCUUGUGCUGAUUGUCGAGAGUCACUGGACUGAGGGUUCCAAUAAUAAACCAUUUCUCGAGAAUUUCGAACACAAUAACACGUGUGCUCACAGUGGACAGUAUGAGGUAAUUGAUGAGUGUCAUCCAUGCACUGCAUUUGAAAUUGCCAGUGAGAGCGUUGGUGUCUGCGUUUACGCUAGAUACAAAGAAGUAAUCAAGUGUAAGACUGGAGAGAAGAUUAUAAGAAGCUGUGACAGAGUAGCCUGGCUCGAGGAAAACGCCUUCCUGAAGUUCGAGGGGUCCAUGUUUGCCCUGUCAAUUCUGUCCUGUCUCGCAGUAUUCUGGCGAGAAAAUGUCCUACGCAAGCGAAUAAUUCGAAAAGUAGCCCGACAACUUCGAUCGAGUACUGUAUGAUAGUGAGCCCAACACUGCAUACCU